GUAAAUAAAACAUAAAUAUAAACGAGCACACAGUUGAAAUUGAAAUUGAAAAGCUAAUUCGUUAAACGCGGAAGAGGGAUACCCCUAACUAAUGGAAUGUUAAUACAUUUAAUAUGUGAUUUCUUGGAAAUAGUUUUUCAUCAUAUUUUGUUUGUCAAAAAUGUAUAUCCAGAGAUUUCAUUUCAAAAGAAACAGAUGUACAACAUACCAACAUGGAAAUCAAGACAUCCUGGUGUGUGCAGAUACAUUCAAAACUUCAUUAAUCUUGCAAAAAAGAUCCUGGAGUCGCAAAAGAAAUUGAGUUUAAUUCUUACAAUUACAGGAAAAGAUGGUGUUAAAAUAGAAGAGUUCGUAUUUAAAAUACAUCUAAAUGCAAAUGAGGUGGAAAGUGAAACUUACAAGCCCAAAUGGAACAUUGAAGAUAUGCUCAAUAGUUUAUGUGUAUCUGUUAAUACCACUGAUCCAUCAGAGAAGGAAAUUAUGUGCAAAGAUUUGAGCAAAAUUAUUGGAGAAUCUUUUGAGUUAAAAAUGUUAACAAGUUCAAAAGCUGUAUCUACUGAUGAUAUGAAAGCUGAUCUGAGCAAAAAGGAGUUUCCCUGGAAUGUGCUAAAGAAAACAAAAUUUGAACUAUGGACUAGAAUUAUGCCAGUAAAGACUGUUGAGAAUGAAGACUAUAUGAUGCAUAUCUAUAGGAAGAGGAAAUGAUAGACGAGAAGAAAUUGAUGUUGCAGCUGAAGCUGAAAUGAUGAGGAAUUAAAGAUGAACACUGAAAAACAAAAGUGCAUAAAUGGGGCAAAAAAUUUCUUUGUUAGCAAGUUACUAAUGGUUUUCCUGCAAAAAAUAUAUAUUAAAUUUUUAAAAAUUGUAAAUGAAUUCAAGAACUGUAAAUCAAACUAAUCCAGCUGAAAUGUAAGUGCAAAAAAAUUGCUCACUGCAACUCAUAAAUUUGUUUUAAUGCAGAGAUAUCAACGUUAGAGCAACCAGAAUUUACCCCAGGGUUGCCGCACCACAAAAAAACCUGAAGAAACAAGAAAUUCAAAAAUCAAAAAAAAAAAAAAAGGGGGGGGGGGAAUCCAGGGAAUUUUAUAAAACCUAUAAUAAUAUAUAUGUAUUUUUUUAUUGAAGUUGUAAAAAUCAAUGCCCAAACUACAGAAUAAUAAUAAUGAUAUUUUUUAAAUAAUCAUAAACAAAAUAAAAAAUGGUAGUUUUAGUGGGUUUUUUUUUGUUUAAGUAAAUAUUAAAAUGUCUAUCAUGAAAGCAAAAAACUUUAAUUGUUUCAUUUGACAUGAGGCUUGAAUAUUAUGCUGAUUUAAUUUAGAGAGCAUUAAAUUAGUGAUCAAUAUUUAUUGUUCUGGUUACUUUCACAUUUUUUCUCUUAUAAAGUCCCAGUAAUGAAUGGUAAAGAGAGGUCUUUUUUCUUUGUAUAAAAAGUUUAAUAAGUUCCUUCAUCAUGAUAUUAUUUCAGUUAAAAUAAAUUCUUCUUUAUUUCCUGUUAUUUUAAUUUGUUUUUUCCCCUUGUAAUAAACUAUCAUGAUAUUAAUGUUCUUUUUUAAAUAUCAGGGUUCACUUGUUUAUAAUGUUUCAGAUUCAUAUAGGGAAAAUGCAGGGAAUUUUUUCCCCAGAUUGGAGUGGCAAUCCUGCCUCUAGGGGGGGGGGGUUCAAAAAUGACCUUACAUGUUUAUAAGCUACUAUAUUAGAAUUGGUAAUGAUUUUUAAAAAAAAAACAAGGCCUCUGUAUAUAUUUUUUGGUUCCUUAAAUAUAAAGAAACAGUUAUUAAUGAAAACAAGAAAGCCUUUCCCUACAGACAUAACAUUGAAGUAUGUUAGUGAUUGAUUGAAUCAAAGUGAAAUAAGAUUCACAGUGCGUUUGGUUUUAUUGUUGGCAUAAAUGAAUUUUGAGAUGAAAAUUUUUUAUUUUCAUAACAGAUUUUAAAUAAAAUAUGUUUUUGAGAGCGAACAAUUGAAUUUCGAGGAACUUUAUUUUUCUCCUAAAAGAAAGCUUGCAAAAAGGUUUUAUUUUUAUCAUGAAUAUCUUUUUUUUUUCAAAGGUUUUUUUUUUACUACAAUUUUUUAGAAAAUGCUUAUAGGAAAGCAGUAAAACUAGUUGCCUCAAUAUUGCAUUAAAAAAAUUCUUGCUCAUUUGCCUAUUUAUUUUAUUUUAUUUUACCAUUUCAAAUGCAGUGAGAUUUCUGUAAUAAUGCAUUACAGUUUAAAGAGACUGGAUUUGUAAAUUGUUGAUUAAAUUAAAAGCUCUUUUAAGAUUUCUGCUUGACCUUCUAGAGGUGACUUAUAUCUCAAUAGUAGCAAUUACAAGUUUCCAAGUUUUUAUUUACAGACAAAACAGCGCAUGAAAGAUUUAUUGCAUAAAUCACGGAAAUAACACCCAGGGCGAUGGUGGGGAUUGAAUCCUUGAGCUCCUGUAUUGCUCAUGUACAGGCAACUACUAGGCCAUAAAGGCCCCAAAAUUAAUUUUAUAUUGACUUAUAGUUUUCCUUUUACAUAAAAACUGCAUUUUAAAAAAUCAGUUUUAAAAAUUAAAAAGGUAUGCUUUUCAUAAUUUGCAACCUGAACCAAUUCAAAAAGAGACAGUUAUCUGAUGAUAGAAAACUGAUGUUACUGUAGGAGAAAGUUACUCUUUUAGUUCUAAUUGAAAUUUCUUGUUAUUUUGAUGCUAGACUGUUUUACUAGGCCUAUUCACAUCAUCUUAAAUAUUUGAUUCUCUACAAUUUGUCCAAGUUGGAUCUGUGGGGUAAUAAGUGCUUGAAAUCACGUAAAAUGAGGUUUUUGAGAUUCUUUUAUAAGAAAUCCAGCCCCGGGCAGCUCAAAUUGGCAAAAAACAAACAGCUGCUCUUUGCUUAUCUUUUUACUGUUUUAAAGGUAUGGGUGCCGUAAAUAAAUAUCUCUCUUUAUUAUUAGCAGACUGCGCGUUAUUGUGAGGCUCUGAGAAGUUGAGCUCCGACUGUGACAAUGUUUACAUCUGUUUCGGAAAAUAAGGAGGAGUAAUUGGUGUUGAGUUGAGAAACUUUCUUAGUAGUUUUUCAAAAAUAUUUCAACUAAAAUCCAAGCGAAUAACGCAUCUAUUUUUCACUAAGCUUCCUUAAAACAGGUAAAAAGAAGUCAAGAUCACAGCUCAACUAACCAGAGCUGCACUAUAGGCCCCCUUAGAUGAAUGUUUGUCAUUUGGCAAUAGAUUUUGAGAUAUUUUGCUCAACUAAAUGCAAAUCGGUUUCGGAAUUUCAUAAAUUCCUCUGUUUGUUAAGAGAAAUUUCCUCAUCUAGUUUCAAGAUAAAUUUUCUGCAAUUAUGUUGAAAAAAUUCUCAGACACAAUUAGUUUGUGGUGUAAAAAGAGUUAAAAGUUGCAUAAACAAAUACAGUUAAACUUGCUUAGAACAAGCAUGAAGGGACCACAAUAUUUGCUUUUUAUAAAUCUCGUAAAAUGUUAAAUUUACCGACUGUGUGGAAAAAAUCUAGUAUGUGCAAAAAUCAUAAAUUUUUAUAUACUUGCUUUAUUUUUUUUAUUAAUAGUAUUUCUGCACUGUACCAACAAAGAUGGUUAAUUUGCUUUGAAAUGUCUUAUUGUUUCUUGCUUGAGUGAUUGUUUUCAAGAAAUACUCAUGGUCCAAAAAACAUCAUUUGCUCCCGUGGCUAAAAAAAAAGUUGGAAGUUUUUCUACCCAUCAAAAGCUGUUGAAUACUUCGAAGGGUGUUCAGCUUCAAUUUUCAUCCUUGUUCAUUCAUUACAUUUUUCAUCCACAUUAGUUUGAGUUACAAUAACUUCAAAAGUAUAUCUCAGAAAUGACACCAUUAGUGUCAACAAAUAUAUAAUUUUCAAAUGCAAAGUCUUCUCAAAAUUUUUUUUUAAAAAAAAGGGGGAGAGAGAGAUGGCGUUAUCUCACUUAUUCUCGGACUUUGAGUGAUAACUUACUUUCGUUCCAAAUGUUGAAUGGAAUUUGACCCAACAAGGAUAAGCCAAGCUCAAGUCCAUAGAAAUUGUAUGAAUUACAAAAAUAUUGCUCGCUCAAACGGGGUUAGCUUGUUGAAAACGAGUAGUGUUCCAAUAGAAUUACCUUUAAACUAAACUAAUAUUUCCCAUUUCUUUGCUAAAUCCAGGUUCUUGUAAAAUCAUGACUUGUUAUAAGCAAGUUCGACUGUACUUUGUUUCGUUUAUUGUUAUUAUUGUUUCAAAAAUGUGGGCUUGGCCAAUGCAGCUUUAGCAAAAAACUGCAUUUGUUUACCAAAUUUUAUAUUCCAAGGUCUAAACAUUUUCCCCAGUGCACAUGCCACAAACCAAACUUUUUAUUUAAUAUGUAAUGUAUACACAUGUGUUCUCACACACACAUAAAAAUAUUUGUAUUGUAUUUGUAUUUUUAUACUCUAAAAUAUAGUUGUUGUUGUUAAACAAUUGUUAUCAUAGUUUCUAUUAUUGGAUUGUUUGUAUUUUAAAGAUUUGUAUCAUUCAUUUGAAAAAUAAAUGGUGUUUCU